AUGGCGCAAUCCAAACCUUUCCUCAUAAACGACUAUCCAGUGAUUAUUGGUAUUGAUUUCGGUACCACAUUUUCUGGCUGUUCCUAUGCCUUUAUUCAAAACGAUGAAGUAGUCGAUGUUGUUCGAUGGCCCAAGCAAAAUAACAAUGUCUAUCCAAAGACACCUACACUCAAUUUCUACCAAGGCAAUACCAAGGAGAUGACACAGUGGGGUAAUGCUGCUCGUCUGGAGAUGCAACGUCCUACUGCUAGAAAUUCGGUGUUAUUGAAGCAGUACAAACUCUACUUGGAUGAGAACAUUGCCAAGGAUUUACCGCCUCUCCCCAAUGGUCUAACUAUUGUCGAAGCCAUUUCCGACUAUUUGCGUGCCUUCCAUGAGCAUGUCGUUACUGAAUUAAGAAAGGGCUUUGCAAAAAACUACGGACAACAUCAGUUUAGAUAUUGUUUAACUGUUCCCGCCAUGUGGUCUGACAAGGCAAAGAGCACCAUGCGUGAAGCUGCUAUUAUGGCUGGUCUCAUUCAAGAAGAUGAUCAUCGUGAUCGAUUGAUGCUUAUUUCCGAACCUGAAGCAGCAGCUCUCUACUGUGAGAAAAAGUGCGAACAAUUCAACUUGAAGCACAACGAUAGAUUCAUGAUUUGCGAUGCUGGUGGAGGAACUGUUGAUCUUAUCGUUUUCGAGAUUGAUGAGCGCAGUGGCCGUAAAUUGCGUGAAUGCACAAAGGGUCAUGGCCAGUCCUGUGGUUCCGUCUUCCUCGAUCGCCGUAUGAGAAAGCUUUUGAAGCGAAAGUUUAGAGAAUACCUUUCCUCGAUCCCAGCCUCUGCUUUCGAGACAAUGAUGGACAACUUUGUGGAUCUGAUCAAACCUCAAUUCGAUGGUGUAGAGGACCAAUUCAUCACUCUCCCCGCUGCUAUGAAUUUAGCUUCUCUCAAUAACCCAGCUAUUGGUUUGGAAGAUGGUAUGCUAUGCUUGACAGCAGCUGAACUGAAAAAGGAAGUAUUUGAGCCCGUCAUUAAGGAGGUCAUCAACUUGUGUGAAGAGCAGCUACAGAAGGCUCAGAGAUUACAAGCCAUUUUCUUGGUUGGUGGUUUUGGUUCUUCGAAUUACCUCUUUGAAAGAGUGCAAGCAGAAUUCGGAUCACGUGUGGGUUUGGUUGCAGUACCACCUCGUUGUGAGUUGGCUGUGGUUCGUGGCGCCGUCUACUUUGGCUUGAAUCCUCGCGUUGUUACUACUCGUAUUCCUAGAUAUUGGUAUGGUAUUGAUACAACUACAACAUUUGAGGAAGGUGUCGAUCCUCCAAGCUACAAGAUUGUGAGAGCCGAUGGCAGUGUUCGUUGUGACAAUAAAUUCUCGGUCUAUGUUAGAAGAGGACAUCCUCUUGAUAUCGAUAAUUGUGUAUCAAAAGACUUUUUUGCUUAUUAUCCUCAUCAUACAACGUGUACUCUUUAUUCUGCUGACACGGAUGAUCAACCCAUAUAUACAACAAGUCCUGGUGUACACAAGGUCGCCAACUUUACAAUCCCCAUGCCAGCAUUGACAGGUGUCACUGAGGGCGAGAAGGUUGAUUUGACAAUCAAAAUGUAUUUCGGUGAAGUCGAGUUGAAGGUCGAAGCCGUUAUUCGUGGUAAAACCUACGGUACAACUUGUACAUUUGAUACUGACUAA